AGCCGAGUUGCGAUGCUGCCCAGGAGCCCAGUUCCACCGCUGGUACAGGAGGUUACUCACCCGCUCCGACAGCUAAGAGCGAGCGGACAUUUGAGACAUGCUCCCGGAGGUAGGCUCCCUGCUGACCGCCCUCUGGUCCGUGCUCCAUCUCCGGACCCUCCUGCUGGGCGCUGUCGUCUUCCUGUUUUUUGCUGACUUCCUCAAAAGGCGGCACCCUAAGAACUACCCGCCCGGGCCCUGGCCCCUGCCCUUCAUUGGCAACCUGUUGCAUGUGGACUUUGAGCAGGCGCACCUGAAACUUCAGAAGUAUGUGAAGAAAUAUGGGAACGUUUUGGGCCUGCAGUUUGGUGACAUGCCUUUUGUUGUUGUAAGUGGAUUCCCCUUAAUCAAAGAAACUCUUAUAUACAUGGAACAAAACUUUAUGAACCGUCCUGCAACCCUUAUUCGAGAACGUGUCUUUAAGCAGAAUGGACUGAUCAUGUCCAAUGGCCAGAUAUGGAAGGAACAAAGAAGGUUCACCCUGAUGACACUCAGGAACUUUGGUUUAGGAAAGAAGAGCCUAGAGGAGCGCAUUCAGGAGGAGGCCCACUACCUCGCUGAGGCAAUGAAAGAAGAGAAUGGACAACCCUUUGACCCUCAUUUCAAGAUCAACAAUGCAGUUUCCAAUAUAAUUUGCUCCAUCAUUUUUGGAGAGCGCUUUGAGUACCAGGAUAGUCAGUUUCAGGAGAUGCUGAAGUUACUGGAUGAAGCCACACGUCUGGAGGCUUCAUUUCUGUGCCAGUUCUACAAUAUCUUCCCACGAAUAAUGAACAUCCUUCCUGGACCCCACCAAACUCUCUUCAGAAACUGGGAAAAACUGAAAUUAUUCAUUGCAAAAGUGAUAGAAAAACAUAAAGAAGACUGGAAUCCUGAGGAAACAAGAGACUUUAUUGAUGCUUACCUCAAGGAAAUGGCAAAGGGCAAUGCAUCUUCAAGUUUUGAUGAAGAGAACCUCAUCUGCACCACCCUGGACCUAUUUUUGGCUGGAACUGAGACAACUUCUACAACAUUGCGCUGGGGUCUGCUUUAUUUGGCCCUCAACCCAGAAAUCCAAGAAAAAGUGCAUGCUGAGAUUGAUAGAGUGAUUGGCCAGUGUCAGCAGCCAAGCAUGGCCGUCCGAGAGUCCAUGCCCUACACCAACGCCUUCAUCCAUGAGGUGCAGAGGAUGGGCAACAUCAUCCCCCUGAAUGUUCCCAGGGAAGUUACAGUUGAUACCACUUUGGCUGGAUACCACCUGCCCAAGGAAAGCGGGCCUGCCUUGGAGAACAGUUGGCCAAGACCGAGUUGUUUAUUUUCUUCACUUCCCUUUUGCAAAAGUUUACCUUCAAGCCCCCAAACAAUGAGAAACUGAGCCUGAAAUUCAGAGCAGGCAUUACCCUUGCCCCCGUCAGCCACCGCCUCUGUGCUGUUCCUCGGGUGUGAUGUUGGGGAAGAAUGAGAGAAAGGAAAUAAAGAAGAAAUAACACAUGCUCUGAAGUCACUGAUACCUGUUACGAUGGGUGGGAACAGAAUAAAAGUGACUGAGAAAAAGAUGAGACGGAUGGGACACAGGGGAACCUGGAUUCAAAUCCCAGCUCCACAGUGGCUUGCAAAUUAGGUAGCAUCAGGCAAAUCACUUAUGGGCUAAAUAACUUACCUUUUCAUCUGCAAGAUGAAAAGAGCAUAAUGAUUUCUUCCAUAAGAAUGUUCUCAUAACAAUCAGAAGAAAUCAUGGCCUAUAAAUGAUGUGGAAACCAAAAGGCACAUCCUAAAAGUUAUUGCUGUAACCUGUCUCCUUCCUUCCUUUUUUUCUUAGGCAUAUAUUUAUUUGCUUCUGAUCUGUUGAGGUAGUUGUGGAUCAAAAUAGUCAAUAAGAGUUAGAAUUUCAGUGCUUAGUCAGCCUCAGAGAUCGGCCAUAACUUCCUCACUUGGUGGCUCUGUCCCUGCUUACCUUGUCUGCCUCAGAAUGGCCCCCCUGAGGGCCUCUCAGGGCCGAUAUUAGUCCCUCUUUACAGGCAGGGAAAGCAGGUACUGUGGAAGCAAUCUCUGACUUAAGUAAGGAAGCUUUAAUCUUGGCCUUAGAUCUAGGACCAGGCAGGGCUCAGCCACAGCUAAACCAAAUCUGGGAAGUACCUGGUGCCAUGUGGGAUCUGGCUGCCUUAACCACCAGACCAUGAAACUGACCCUGUUCUACUGUUUUCAACAAUAACCCUAGGACAUAAGUUGCUUCACAUCUGCCAACUAAAUUUAGUCUCUUUCCAGAAAUAGCCUUCUUGGGGGAUCAGCAGGUGGCAUGGUGGUUAGGGUGCUGGAUACUCCCACAUGGCUGACCAAGGUU